AUGCCGCAUCGGAGACAUGUAAGCCUCGCUUGCUCUCUCUAUAAGUCUCCAUCCGCCACUUCGCUCAAAAAAACGAACCUAUUUGUCGAAUCCAUGGAUCUGAAAAGCAGCUUUGUCCAAAUUAUCGACGGACAGGUCGGCCCUGCCAAGGAAACCCGUCAUGUGAUCAACCCCGCCAACCUGAAGCCCAUGGGCGAGGUUCCUGUGGCUACUCAGGAUGACUUGGAUCUCGCAGUUACUGCUGCGAAGAAGGCUUUCAAGAAAUGGUCAAAAGUCCCCUACGAAGAGCGUCGUCGUGCUGUUCUGGCCUAUGCGGACGCUGUAUGCGAGCUGCGGGAUGAAUUCCGAGACCUUCUCAUCGCAGAGCAAGGAAAGCCGAUCCCUCAAGCAGACUUCGAGACGGACGCGGCUAUCUAUUGGAUCCGUGGCAUGGCGGAUAUUCCUUUGCCGGAUGAUGUCAUCGAGGACGGCGAAGACCGGAGCAUCAUUACAAGCUAUGUUCCAAUUGGUGUUGUCGGUGCCAUUGUUCCAUGGAACUUUCCUCUUCUUUUGGCUGCAGGAAAGCUAGCUCCUGCUCUCCUCACGGGAAACGUCAUCAUUGUCAAGCCCUCGCCUUUCACCCCCUAUUGCGGUCUCAAGCUUGUUGAACUUGCGCAGCAGUUCUUCCCUCCGGGUGUCGUUCAAUCCCUAAGCGGAGAUGACAGACUCGGUCCUUGGCUUACCAGUCACCCCGGCAUUGACAAAAUCAGCUUUACUGGUUCUACAGCGACCGGUAAGCUUGUGCUUCAGAGUGCUAGCAAGACAUUGAAGAGGGUCACCUUGGAACUUGGUGGUAAUGAUCCUGCUAUCAUCUGUCCCGAUGUUGACAUCGACAAGGUUGCUGAGAAGGUUUCUUUCUUCGCCUUCCUGAAUUCCGGACAGCUAUGCCUAAAUGUGAAGCGCAUCUAUGUUCACGAAUCCAUUUUCCCCCAAUUCCGAGAGGCAUUGGUGAAGCAGGUCAAGUCCUAUGUUGUUGGAGACGGUUCAAAGGAGGGUGUCAGCCAUGGGCCUCUCCAAAACGAGAUGCAGUACAAGCGAGUCACAUCGUUCUUCGAGGACAUCAAGACGGAAGGGUGGAAAGUGGCUGUGGGGGGUGAAAUCAAGUCCUCUGAAGGGUAUUUCAUCAGUCCUACAAUCAUCGAUCAACCUCCUGAUGAUUCACGAAUUGUCGUCGAGGAGCCUUUUGGCCCGAUUGUGCCUCUUCUAUCCUGGAAGACGGAGGAGGAGGUGAUUGCCCGAGCCAACAACACCACCAUGGGCCUAGGAGCCUCCGUCUGGUCCAACGACGUCGAAAAGGCAUCCCGGAUUGGAAAGGAAAUCGAGGCAGGAAAUGUGUGGAUCAACACUCACUUUGAUCUGUCCCCUGGAGCUCCCUUCGGAGGCCACAAGGAGAGUGGAAUUGGAAUGGAAUGGGGGUUGAGCGGGCUGAAGGGAUUUUGCAAUACGCGGGCAUUCUAUGUCAACAAGAAGGUUAUAGGCUAA